AUGCCCCUACUAGCGCUGACGGAUGACGAGGUGGAGCGGGCCUUGGACCAGGCGGACUCUGACCUCAAAUACUUGUUGUCAGAAGUCGGGGUGCCUGAAGAUGUUCAAGCGGCACUUUAUCAUAGAGGCUUCACCUCUUUGAGGUUGUUCACGGGCAUAGAUGAAAGCAGAACAGAAGUGAGGGCCGCACUGAAGGCAGAGAUAGGCCUGGACACUACCGCAAGCAAUGCGGAAAGGCGAUACACAGCCUUGGUUCUCAGUGCGUGGGAAACAGCCAGGACCCAGCAAAGGUCAAAUGAUGAGUCCAGGGCUGAGGCCAGGACUGCUAUGAUCCCCCGGCCAGUGCCCAUCAAUGAGCACGCCAUGCUGAGGGAGGCGCUGGAAGCCCAUAUUGGCAGGUUGAAGGACUACGAGGUGCCCUCCAAGAACCUUGUUGCGUCCAAGAUGGACGACAUCGAGACCAACAUGCCAAGAGUCGAAGAUUUACGGAACGUAUCCUCAAUGGAAGAUGGAGAGGUCGACCUUUUGCAGGGCAACUUGGAUGUAGCCACAGGGACAUUUAAGAUGAAGGCGGCCAGGAACACAGUGCAAAUGCCCAAGACCCCAGAGGAGCUUCGAUUGAGGCACAGAAGGCUGGGGGUUGCUUGGGAAAUGGCCCGCACCAAACAUCGCAACAGAGUUUGGCUCCAGGGGCACCUGAUCGAGGCGUUUAGACAAUUGUCGGACCAUAUAUUAGGUCGGCAUGUGUUUGGGCUAGCGCUCCCGCAAGAGCAAAAACCGAAAUGGGAGAUUGUCUUGAGUUACGAGCAAGAGAUCAGGAAGAAGGCCUACCAAUGGGUUAGGCAAGGAGACGUAGCCACUCUCGAAGAAGGCAUCCUGCGAGGCAUCAAGGACGCCGAGGUGAUGAACCUCCACUUCGUAGUUCCAGUGACCACCAAUGUGGCAACGAGUUCCUUUGGAGGAGGGGUUCGCCAAACCCAGCGGCCUGCGUCGCCGGCAGCCGGCAAGGCUGCAGGGAAAGGCAAGGCACGUGGAGGGGGCAUUCGCCCCACCAAGAAGUUGUUUGUGAAGACCCCUGAUGGUCGCCCGUUGUGCUUUAAGUACAACAACAACGCCAAGUGCGCCGCAAAGAACUGCAACUUCGUCCAUCAGUGUCAGCGGUGCUUGGGAAAUCACCCCAAGUCGUCAUGCAGAUCAGGCGGCAACGACACAAGCAAAGCAGCCACGCCGAAUGCAGGCGAACUCAAGGAGAAAGCUGCGAUAGGUAGCAAAUUGGUCUUGAGGUGUGUGGAGGUCUUGGAUAUUGCUCCACCAUACACUGUUUGUGUAUGGGAGCACCCAGAAGAUUUGGGCCGUUCAAGGAACGGCGUGCCCGCUAGCGUCUGGCAGUUGGAGGAAGUCAGACGGGCAGCAAAGAAGCGACGUAUGGAAACUAUCGCAUUCCAUCAGUGCACAUACGGUGCAGACUAUCCAAAGCCCACAAGGCUGCUGAGCGACGCUCAUGGGUUGCUGCAGUUGGGCUAUCCAGGAUGGCCAGUCCUCAACAAAGAGCUUUACUAUUUGGGUCCGUUGCCACGGGCUUGUGGCCAUGAACACCCACCUCUCAUUGGCACAAAUACAAACGGUGGUUUUAAAACGGGCCCAACAGCCGCAUACCCCAUAGAGAUGAACCAGAUGCUGGCGAACCUUGUGUUUCUCCAUUGGUUCAAUCAGGCUCUGACGCCUGCGGAGGGGGUCACCAACAACAUGGACGCAGAGCCUGCAGGGGAAAGAAGGGCGGAGGACCCAGCCUUGGACUUGGUGCCAAAACUGGCGGAAACCCAAGAGGCAAAGCAGGCCGAAAAAAGGCAAGGAGCGGCAUACGCCAUGAGGAACCUGGAGGGAAAGGUCUAUCAUGAUGGAGCAGGACUUUGCUCGGAAGGUAACAAGAGGCCGGCCUUCAGAAAGGUUUCUGCGAUGGUCUCGCUCGGUGAGCAGUUCCUCCAGCUUACAUCAGAGGAAGAGAUGAGGAGGGACCUAUACAGGUUGGCGCUGGGGAAAUGUAAUGACCCUCCGUUUCGGAAGGAGGUGGUCGAGAGAGCAAGGCAGGCCUGGCUGGAGUGCCUAGCAGAGAAAUCCGGCCUGGCAGUAGCGGAGCUGAGCGCCGUGGAGCCGAGGCAGCCAUUCUUGUUGGCAGCCAUUGGAGAGCACUUGAAAGUCAUCGAGGACCCAGAUGCCGAAGCCUUUUCGCCAGACCCAGGCACCUUCAGAACUGGAGUGCCGCUCGGGGUGCAGGGGAUGCCUCGGGUGCCGGCGGUAUUUGAAGCCAAAGAAAAGUGGAGAAAGUAUGAGGAGGUACCUUGGCCGUCUGACAAGGAAAACUACCUGUCAGCUGCCGAGAGUGCGGUGGCGGUUCAGGGGCAGUUCCGGAAGGAGGAAGCCUUGGGGGCCAUGGUGGAGGUUGAUGAAGAGGAGGCCAGGGAGCAGUAUGGAGACGGCCUCCGCAUUGCGGCCCUGGCUGCCUUGGAGAAGGCUGACAAUACCUUCCGCGUGGUCCACGAUGCUACGCACAACGUGGGGGUCAACUCCCAGAUUAAGGUGGAGGACCAACUCAGGUAUCCGGACCCUAUGGAGAUCAAGAUGGCACUGCAAGCAUUGCACCCGGCCACCUUUGUGUUGACAGCUGACGUUGCCCGGGCUCAUCGGCUGGUCCUGGUGCGUAGGCAGGACUGGGGGUACCAGGCGUGCCGAACUGGAGUCGACGAUUCGGGUGAGCCUAGUCGGAAGAUCUGGCUUAAUACUGUGGGGACGUUUGGAGUGACGUCAGCGUCCUAUCACUUUACCCGGCUGUUUGCCGCGGUGAGCAGGUGCGCACAAUCGCUGCUGGGAAGGCGUGACGUGUGCCAGCUUAUUUACGUUGACGACCUCUUGUUCAUUGCUCAUGGCCUUGGAGGGCUCGCUGCCGUGUGGACCACGCUCCUCUUCCUACUGGUAGCAGGCACACCCUUUAGUUGGGGGAAGUGCAAGGGAGGAACCCGCUCGGAGUGGGUGGGGUUUCAGAUUGACAUCGCAAGGUGCGAACUGGGCAUGACCGAGAGGAGGCUCAGGUGGGCACGCGACUGGAUGGCGAAGGUGUUGGCCAACAAAGUUGUCAGGGUGGACGAAUUUCGUUCAGCAUUGGGGAGGACACUUGUCGCGGAAGUGGCCCGUACGAAGGUCCGGCCGCGGAUUGAAGAUGAAGGGGACCACGCCUUCAGGCAAGUGCAGGUGGUUCUCGGUGAAGCUGGACAGGAACAAGGUGUUGAAGGUUCAUUGGAUGUGGACGAGGGCCACGUCACGACAGACUCCAGAAAAUGGCUGAUCAAGGAAUUGCCGUUAUCUGUGGUUCAGACAGAUGUGGCGAUAGGAGAGCCCUACCGCGCCAUAGCCUCUCUGGAACUUUUAGGCACAUUGGCGUCGGUGGUGGCGUUUCCCCCACAACAGGGGGCCUCGAGGAAGUACCACCUCUCGGAUCUGGAGCUACGCCUGGACUGGCUCCCUCGGCUUCAGAACAGGGAGGCGGAUGCAUUGACCAACGGGGACUUUAGUGGCUUCGACCCCAAGAGACGAGUCGAGGUCAAGCCCGAGGACCUUUUGGAGGAACAAUUCAAAGAGUUGUUGGAGCAAGGAAGCGGGCUCUACGACGAAGUCAAGGAACUCCGCAGGAAGAGGAAGGAAGGCAUGAUCAAGUCAUUGCCAUCCGCAAAGAAGUCCAAAGGGGCUGACUUGAUUGGACCGUGGUGA